AUGUUAAGAGUCCAGCCCACAGGUUUCUGGAGCGGAGGUUCUGCGGAGGUUCUGCGGAGGAAAAGCGCUCAAGUUGUUUACCAGGCUGGUGUUAACGAGAAGCUUCUCGGCGACUUCAUCAGAAAGCACAACGUUCGCGACAAGGUGUUCAUCGCUUCUAAGUGUGGAUUUGAUGUUUUUGGCUCUGGCGGUAUCACCAACUCUGCUUCCCACAUUAAGACAUACAUCGAGGGCACCAUUGAGAGACUCGGUUUUACUCCUGACCUCUAUUAUCUUCAUCGCAUUGACCCCAACACGCCUCUCGAGGAGUCCAUCACAGCGCUCGAUGAGAUCCGCAAGGCUGGCAAGACUAAGUACAUCGGUCUUUCUGAGUGCUCAGCUGCCACCCUUCGCAAGGCCAACUCAAUUGCCAAGAUCGAUGCUCUUCAAGCCGAGUACUCAGCUUUCGAGACCAUUCACGAGACUGACGGCCUGAUUGAAGCUGCCAAGGAGCUCGGAGUUGUAUACGUGGCUUACAGCCCCUUGGGUCACGGAUGGCUCGUUGAUGACUUCCAGUACAAGAGCCCAGACGACUUUGCACCCAACGAUUUCCGUCGUGGAAGCCCCAAGUUCCAGGGCGAGAACUUCUACAAGAACAAGGCUAUUGUUGAUGAGAUCAAGAAGCUUGCUGUGCGUAAGGGAGUCACGCUGCCUCAGAUUGCCCUUGCCUGGGUUGCCGCUCAGGGCAUGAUUCCAAUCCCUGGCACAACAAAGGCCAAGAGGUUAGAAGAAAACUGGGUGUCAAGAGAUAUUGUUUUCUCCAACGAGGAGAGGGUGGAGAUGAGGAAGAUUAUCGAUGCGGCCAAGCCGCACGGAAACAGAUACAACCCAACCCAGCAGGCUAUGGUUGGACACUAA